GACAAGGAUUUGGGCAGAGGGUUCAAGAAAAUUCAGGUUUGGGAAUAAAACCGCUAAAACCCCGCCCCACUCUCCCCGCCGGCGACGAGCAGAACCGAGAAUGGCGGACUCCGACGACGCUCCGACCUCCAUGUUCUCCCAGAGCCACCGCUCCCGCCUCCCCGACGACACCGUCUUCUACUCCAUCUUCCCCGACUCCGCCCUCUCCUCCUCUCCCUCCCCCUCCGACCUCCAAUCCCUCCACCUCCAAAUCCUCUCCUCCGUCUCCUCCUUCACCUCGUCCUACCUCUGGCAACACCAGCCCUUCUCUCUCUCCCUCUCCUCCCCGUCUCCUCCGCCGUCCUGCCCCUGCUCCUCCGCCCCCCUCCCCCUCCACCUCCACGGCAGGCUCCGCUACGGCGACAACCUCGACGACGAGUGGUUCGCCGUCUUCCUCCUGUUCCACAUCUCCCGCGUGUUCCCCGACCUCUCGGUCCGCGUCUGGGACACCGACGGCGAGUUCCUCCUCAUCGAGGCUGCCUUCCACCUCCCCCGCUGGCUCAACCCGGAGACUAGCCUCAACCGCGUCUUCAUCCGGCGCGGCGACCUCCACAUCGUCCCUCGCGACAAGAUCGCGUCCCCGUCGAUCGUCGAUGCAUUGAAGUUUUUGGUCGGCAACGAGGACCAGUCGCGCGCCGGGGAGGCGGUGCAGAACGCGGUGAAGGCCCGGAUUGCGGGGUACCCUGAGCAGGCGAGGAGGAAUAUGCACAGGGUUAGGGUUAGGGUUCCGGUGUCGGUCGCGCAGGUCCUGAGGCACGAGCCCUGCCUGAUUUCGCUCGCUGUGGAAGGGUUUUACGACAGGGAUAUCGACUCUAUGAAGUAUGCGGCGAGGAUGGAGAGAUUCUUGACUAAGGGGAAGGAGGAGGAGCUUGUGCCCGUGGUGGUCACCUUGUCAAGGGCAAUGUAUGCACAACUGGUACAGCAGACGUUUCAGGCCCCGAAAUGUUAUCCAAUGCCGAGCAGGAGCGACCCCAGGGCAUAUAUGGAAGCUGAAUUGGGGAUGAAGAUCGCUUGUGGUUUUGAGAUGAUGUAUCAGAUGAGGCGAAGAGAGGGAUUGGAAGGGAAAGGAAGCACGUGGGAGGCAUAUAGAGAGAGCUUGGAGAGGAGUGGAUACUUGGAAGGGUUGCUUCCAGGUUCGAAGGAAUAUAGGAGGUUGAUGGAGAAGGCAGAGGAGUAUUACAAGAAUAGUUCCUUGUUCUCGAAGGCUAGUGAAAUGAUGAGCUCUCCAGUCAGAUGCAUAGAUGAGAUUCUUGCAUUACCUCACUCAACGGAUGAUUUUAGGAACCAGGAAGUCCCUCCCUCUGAUGAUGACUCUUGGCUAUAUGCUGGUGAGGAUGAAUUGAACUCCGCACUUCUGGAAAGACAGAAGGAGAUGGAACUUUAUGAUGCUAUGCAUGGGAAAAAGAAGAAGCCAAAAGAGCCAUCAGAGACUGGUCCAUCGAACCACAGCAAUGAUGAGUGUGAUCUCAGUAAUAUAGCCAAGACCAUGGAGGCAUUCGUCCAUAAGGUGUCAAGCUACAAGGGAGCGGAAGUUCCUGAUCAAAGGGAUACGGUAGACCUCGAUGUGGAUCGUUUUUUUAAGGACAUGGAAUCUGUACUUGGGUGCCAUGAAACUGAAGUUUCUUCUCCAGAUGGAGAUGCUGGGGAAGGGUCCUCCUCAGACAUGGAUUUCGAUGAAUCUGAAGACGCAACUGAUGAUGAAGAUAAGGAGGAUCCGUUCACGGAUUCUUAUUCGGAUGCUCUAAAUCAGGAAUUAAAGAGCAGCACACUUACUAAAAGUUUUGUUCGUGCAAAUGAGGAACCUUCAAAAACAAAUCAGGGAGCAUCAUCGAGUUCCACCCAAGUCAUGGAUGAGGAUUUUUCUCCGGUCGACGUGGACGUGAACCUGGUGAAGAGCUUGCUCAAUUCAUUCUCCUCUCAGGAGGGACUUCCUGGACCCGCUUCGAAUUUGCUUGGUCUCAUGGGGCUCCGCCUCCCUCAGGACGGCAGCAAGGGGAAGUAGUCUCUCUAGCCUCUUUCAGUUUCAUCAUGAUGCAGAGGUACUCACUGUAAAUGUGUCGGUCUUUCGGCGCCUCCAUAUGUCGGAGGCUGCACAUAACAAUCUUAGAGGAGGGUCUGUGUUUUCCGGUUAUCAUGUCGAGGUCGCUUCCGGAAUUGGAGGAUAUAUUAUAGACUAAUAUCAUCCAAAGGGCAUGUUGAGAUAGAUUGUGGCUGAUGAUUCUAAUGAACAAGAAUGGAAGAA